CUUCAUCCUCCUUUCCUUUCUUUUCUUUCUUUCUUUUCCUUUCUUCCUUUCUUCCUUUUCUUUUCCUUUCCUUUCAUUCCUUUCCUUUCCUUUCCUUUCCUUUCUUUUCUUUUCUUUUCUUUUUACUUAUCACUUGCUUUGCUCGCUUUGCCUUUGUCUGCUUGCUUGCAUCGCUCGUAUCCACUCCCAAAGAAAGAAAGAAAAACUAACGUCCCUUCCAUCCUUCUCUUCUCUCUUUUAUUCUUUUAUCUCUUCCUUACGCUUUCUUCUUAACACCAACCCCACAUUCUUAUCUCCACACUCACACAUGUCCAGCAAAGACAAUACCUCGCUUGCCGCGCUUGAUGCUCAGCACGACAAGUAUGUGGGACUCUUGUUGGCUGUGUCCUCAUCUCUCAUGAUCGGCAUCUCCUUCGUCAUCACCAAAAAGGGCCUUAUUGAUUCCACCAAUAGACAUGGAGGUAUUGGCUCUUCAUCCGACCAAUAUCUCUUCCUUAAAAACCCCAUUUGGCUACUUGGCAUGCUCACCAUGGCUGCUGGUGAGAUUGCUAAUUUUGCUGCCUACUCCUUUGCUCCUGCCAUUCUGGUCACUCCGCUGGGCGCAUUGAGCGUCAUUAUUGGUGCUGUCCUUGCUGCUUUCUUUCUUCAUGAAAAGCUCGGCAUCGUUGGCAAGGUCGGGUGUGCACUGUGCCUGAUUGGAUCUGUCGUAAUUGUCCUACAUGCUCCCGAGGACAAGGAUAUCAAUUCUGUAGAUGAGAUUCUCAACUAUGCUCUUCAGCCUGCAUUUAUGAUGUACAGUCUGUUUGUAUUAGGCUUUUCAACAUUUAUGAUCUAUCGUGUAGUACCAAAGUGGGGCAACAAAACACCCAUCGUCAAUAUCUCGAUCUGCUCACUUGUCGGCUCAAUUACUGUCAUGGCAUCCAAAGGUUUCGGAAUUGCGCUCAAGCUGACUUUUGCUGGCUCGAAUCAGCUGACGCAUCCCUCUACCUAUGUCUUUGCUCUUUUGGUGGGUGUCUGCAUCGUUGUCCAGAUGAAUUACUUUAACAAGGCUCUUGACAUUUUUUCGACCAAUGUUGUGAUGCCCAUCUAUUAUGUCAUGUUCACGACAGCAACCAUCACAGCCUCUGUAAUUCUCUUUCAGGGAUUUAACACGACAUCUACAGUGAAUGUUGUUUCACUCUUCUGUGGGUUUGGCACAAUCUUUUCGGGUGUACUACUGCUGAAUAAUGCUCAACACCCAGUAGUAGAAUCACACGGCAAGAGCGGCAGUAUAACUAACGGAGGGGUUGGUUUUGCAGACCGGAGGACGUCACGCGAAUCGACAAUGCUUAAUGCUUUUGAUGAAGAGAGUUUGGGCUUGACACAGCUCCAUGACGAAGACGAUGACGAAGAUGAAGAUCUAACAGAGGAUGAGGACAGGAGAGUAAGGAUGCCAGGCAGUCAUUCCCAUCUUCAUUAAAGAAAAUACUUUCAUCAGACAAUCAAUCUCGGGAUUUAGGGGUCUGGAUAUGCCACUAGAAAUCUUCAGUCUGUCUGAUAUAAUGAGAUCAGGGGGCUGGAAAGGAAAGAAAGGAUCAAUAAUGAGGACAUUAAAUGCAUCAUCAGUAGCAGGUGAAAAAGACGAAAAA